AUGAAUGAAUUUAAUUUAUCGUCAACAACAUUAGAUGAGAUACAAAAUCAUGAUGAUUUUAGAGUGGUUUGGUGUUCUGCGGACAAUCAUAUUUCCAGUGAAUUAACAUAUUUUGCUCAUUAUCUUGAGAAAUGUGAUUCAAUCGAUACGUGUAAAAAUUAUAUCAGAGAAAUCAAAAGUGAACGUAAAAUUCUUCUUGUUUUAAUUAAUUUGUUUAAACACAUUACCGAUUUCGAUGGUUUAUCUCAAAUUCAAUCGAUUUAUAUUUUAGAAAAAGAUCGUCAAAAUAUUCACUAUGAUAAAGAAAACUUUUCUAAAUCAAUUCAUGUUUUUAUGAACGAACGUUUAUUGAUCGAUCGAUUACGUUAUGAUAUUCUAUUAACAUAUCGAAAUGAUUUACCUAUCAAUGUUUCAUAUUUAGAUGAAAUUAAACACGAACAAUCUUUUAUAAAUUCAGAUACACACACAUAUCUGUUUUUAUGGAAUCAAUUAUUUUUCUAUCUUCUUGUCAAUACCGAUGAUUUAGAUAUGAAUAAAUUAAAAACAGAUAUGAUUCAACAAUGUCAAUUAGAAUAUAAUGAUAAUACUACUCAAUUAAAUCGUAUUAAAGAAUUCAAUGAUGACUGUACAGAAGAUAAUGUGUUGGAAUGGUACACAAAAGAUACAUUCGCUUACCGAUUAUUAAAUAAAGCAUUUCGCAAACGAGAUAUUGAUUUAAUUUGUAAAUUUCGAUAUUUUAUAAUACUUCUACAUAGAAAAUUAAAAGAAUUAUCAAUAAAACAACAAGGAGAAAAUCUUACAACUGUUUAUCGAGGACAAGUGCUAGGUGUCAAUGAGUUAGAGAGUUUAAAAUCCAAUGUUGGUCGUCUUAUUUCAAUUAAUACAUUUAUAUCAACAACACGUUAUGAAGAGAUUGCUCGCAGUUUUAUUAUUGGUGCGGAACUUGGAGUUCUAUUCCAUAUUAACAUUACACGUACUAGUUACAAUAUUCUUCAUCCAUUUGCGAAUAUUUCAGAAUUCAGUGCGAUGCCAAGUGAAGAAGAAAUAUUAUUUUCUGCUGGUGGAGUUUUUCGUAUUGAUUCCGUCGAGAAAGAAAAUGAUUCGAUGUGGAUUGUUAACCUUACUCUAAAUAACAAAACAGUCGAACAAAUGGAACGAUUUAUGGAUGGUGUGAAAGAACAAAUGAAUUAUGUAACAAGUUGGGAUCAUUUAUUCAUGAAGAUCAGUGAUUUACUUCUUUUUGGAAAAUGCCACAAAAUAUUAACAAACAAAUCGUUUUCCUGGAAGGAUAUAAUCACAACUGCAAUCAAUAUUGAUAUUUAUAAUCUUCUCACUGUUUUAGGUGAUUAUAAAAAUGCAAUAGAAUAUUACAAACAACUUUUAUUAGAAGAACAUGUUUUUGAUGAUUCGCAACGUAUUAUCACAAAUAUAAUUAUUGGAAAUAAUUAUUUUCAUUUGAAAGAAUAUGAUAAUGCUGAAGUUUAUUAUAGUGUUGCACUUUCAUUAUUGGAUAAUAAUAAUAAUCCAUUAGUUGGUGAAAUUUACAAUCUUAGAGGUGAUAUAUACAUAGAAUUGAAUGAUCUUCAAAUGGCACUAACUUGUUACAAUGAUGCUUUGAAAAUCUUUACAAAUCAGGAGAUGAACACUCGUUAUGUGGCUAGAGUAUGUCGAAAAAUAUCUGAUAUUUACCGAAGACAGAAUAAUCAUGCAGAUGCUUCGUUUUAUGCAACCCAAGCUGAUGAAAUUGAUCAACAACUUCGACAAAGAUCAGAGUUAGAUAUUGAAACAUCAUUGGAAUAUUUUCGAAAUCAAUUAACUACUACAUCUGAUCAUUCACAGUAUCAGCGUGCUGAUCUAUUGUAUUCAAUUGGUAUAUGUCUUUUAAGGAAUAACAAAUAUCGUGAAUCUUUAGAAAUCUUUUUAGAAGCAGCAAGAUUGUUUAAAACUCAUUUACCAACAUCUGAUAAUUUUAAUCAGAAAUUUUGUACACUUUAUGAUAGUAUGGCAUUAAUUCACUUCAUGUCAAAAGAUUAUUUCAAGGCAUUGAUCAUGUUAAAAAAAUCCAUUGACAUACGUAUAAGUUCUUAUCCUAACUAA